AUCAAAUUAAGGAUGAGCAUAAAUUAUGCCUGUAAUGUAUUUAAGCCAUAUUUAAAGAAUUAAGAAAAUCAGGUAGAAGACAAUCCGUAAAUACAGAUUUCAUGCAAUAUCACAAACUAUCUUAAGUAUAUAAUUGUGAAGUAUAUAAGGAUAAGACUUUUACAGAAUCCUUUCCCGUAUCGCUUUAAAGAACUAAACCUAACUUUAAGAAUCAAUUAUCUUAAUUAGAAUUGUAUUAUUGAUUAUAAUAAUAAAGUGAUGAUCAUUAAAUUGACUUCAAGAAUCAUCCAUUUACAUUUUAAGAUAAAAUCAAUUAGAAAACAGAAGUUACUAAAAAGAAAUUUAUAUUUGAUGAACAUUAAUCUACAAAAUAAGGAGAAUUUAAGAAUUUUAUGAGU